UUAAAAUAAAACCUAACUGAUAAAAAUUUUGAAAAACUGCAAUCUCUUUCCUCUUUCAUCCUCUACGUGGCAUUUCUCAGAGGAAGUCCAUCAACAAAGAGCAAGAGGCUACCCUCUGAUCUAAGUCUGCCGUUGCCGCCCCCAAUCCAACCUCAACAACAACCUUUCCAAACUGCAUCUUUAAAUUUUAUAUCAGAGUUUCAGAAAUCUAGACUAGAAAGCAUGUAGAAAGCGUUAGCAGGACCGUAGUAGUAGGAGUGUCAACAGGCCCUCCUUCUUCGUCCUGGUCGCCCCUGACUUUUCCAAACUGCUUGUAAGAUUGAAGAACCCAAAAGGGAUUUUCAAUUUUAAUUACAGAGUCUGGUUGCGAAGGCAGAGUCGAUCAACUUGAUCAAUUCAUGUUAUUUAUAUUUUCUUUUACAAUUAGUUAUUGCUUGAGGAAACCUCUCCCAUUGACAAUGGUGUUGUUGAGGAAACUUCUCCCAUGAAAAUGUAGUUUUGAAUAUAAACAAGGAAAAUGAGAACGCUGACAAUGGUCUAGAUAUGUCACAAGUAAAUGGAGUUUCUAAAGGUAUUAACUCUUAUGGGAAGGAGGUCGAAAGUUCUAAGUACUGAUUUAGUAGUCGAAUACUGUAAAGUAAGGUCUAACAUGCUUUGAUUCCUUUGAAUUGUUUCUGUUGGAUGAAUGAUUGGGUAUGGUCCGUAUGGAGACAUGGAUAUGAUGAUCUGUAUUUAGAAAAUUGGAGCUGGUCGUGACAAUGGCUUGAAGAACACUAAAACACCUAAGGAUCAAGCUAAUUGGAAAGUUCCAAUUUCAUUUUCUCGAACUCAGAGGCCAAGUAUGUCUCAAAAUUUUUCCUUCCCUUCAAGGGGAUGCUUACCGAUGGGCUUGAAGAAGAGCUUUGAUGGCAAGUCGGUGAAAUUGGAUUCUAAACACUCCCCGGAAAAUGACACAGAAAGCGAGGGCUCAGUUUCCAAUGGAUAUGCCUCUUCAUCAAUUUCUCGUGUGAAUAAUUUCAACAGCUCCAACGCGGUGAGUUCUGUGGAUGCUAAAUCAAAUGGUGGUGGUUUAUAUGCCUAGCGGACCACUUAAACAUCUGUUGAAGGGUUUGUUUUCCUUCUUCUCAAUAUCUCUUUGUGCUUUUUCCCUUGUCUGCACUACCCUUCUGUGUUUAUUUAAAAUCAGGUUAGCAAGUCUGUUUCCUUAGAUGCAAGUUGUAACCGGCGGUCGACCACAAUCCAAAGAACACCAGUAAGUUAUUGUUCUUACAACCUAUAGAGUUAUGCAUCCGUUCAAUGGAUCGAUGCCUAAAAGACUCACCCUCACAAGUCCGACCGGGAAAAGCAAGUGAUUCUCACCCAAAGAAAGAAACGCAAGGCGAUGCUAUAGGGGUGGUCAACGACUUAGUCCGUCUUGGGGAUCCUCCGUCUUGGUGCAUCACCUUCUGGCUGCCAUUAAUGGAAUAAAUGGAGAUUCUGGACAGAACCGGCACGACAUGGAGGACAGUUGGCAUGAGACCUCAGCCAUAUAUCAAUGCAGUCCACAUGGAUAGCUGGUGCAGCGGUGACAGAGGUAUACAGGUCUCACUCUCAGUCUCGAUGCCCUGAAUUUUAUGUGAUAAAAGGGUGUUUUAGGGGUUCUCAAAGAGUUCAAAUCUGCGCCCCACCCGUUAUCAAAGGGUUCUCAAAGGGUGAUAAAAAUGUAUCAAUGAACGGUUAUUGAUAACGGUAGUAAAGGUUUUAGACAAUCGUAAGAAAUGGUAGAGAGAGAAAAUAUCUCUAAGUCCAAUGUGCACUUUUCUCCCGCUGAGAUUCCUUGUGGCCCCCACACUUCCACUGUUCGCAAAUCGCAAGUUCGCAACCAUGGCGGGCGACGAGCGUCAGUCCUUGGUCCCGCGCAAGUCGCAACAGUAAUGCAUACAUCCUCGUCGUGAAACGAUCCUCACGUGCUUCAAGAGCCAGUCUUGCGGCCCUAUACUCUUACGCGCUAGAUUGAGCCAUUGAGGUUCUUCAGUCGUUGAGUCUCUUCCCGUCUUCCGUCUCUGGUUCGCUCUUUUUUGCUUUGCGGCGUCUUUUUGCUACUUUUCAGUGUUCCGGCCACGUCUAUACCAAAUUAGGGUUCUCCUCUGGUUUUCAUUCGUUCAUCAAUGGUUGCUUCGAGCUUGAGUCCCUGGAUCUUCGUCCAAAACGUUAUAGAAAUAUUAACAUCGAGUGAAUACAGAUCAAUUCAAAGUAGGAUACCGCGGUUACCCCAUGGUUUAAGUGGAAGGAGUGGAAGCUACCAAUCAAGUAAGGAGUUCCCGUUGUCGCUGGGGUAUUAUGGUCUUAUGGGGAGGAAAAGAAUUUCUGUCAAUUGUGAUGCAUUUGGCGAUCCUGAUCAUUCGAGCACUGACGAGCGUGACAAGAUGAAGGAAGAGCAGUUUGUUCGGUGGUUUCGAGAAGCUUGGCCGUAUUUUAGGGCGCACGGAGGUAGCACAUUCGUUGUGGUCAUUUCCGCGGAAAUAGUAGAUAGUUCAUACUUCGAUGCGAUUCUAAAGGAUAUUUCUCUCCUUCAUGGCCUGGGGGUUAGAUUUGUUCUUGUUCCUGGUACACAUGUACAAAUUGACAAGCUUUUGAUGGAGAGAGGAAAAGAGGCCAGAUAUGUUGGUCAAUACCGGAUUACGGAUUCUGAUUCCUUAGAGGCAGCAAUGCAAGCAGCUGGGAAGAUCUAUAAUAUAAUGCAAGCAAAGCUUUCCCCUGGCCCUUCAAUAUUUAAUAUUCGCCGGCAUGGUGAAAAUAGUCGUUGGCAUGAUGUUGGUGUCCGUGUUUCAGGGGGUAAUUUUCUUGCAGCUAAGAAAAGAGGAGUUGUCAAUGGGAUUGACUUUGGGGCAACAGGUGAAGUAAAGAAAAUAGAUGUCACUCACAUACGUGAGAGGCUUGAUCGAGAUGGCAUAGUAAUACUUAGCAAUCUGGGAUAUUCCAGCUCUGGAGAAGUUUUAAAUUGCAACACAUAUGAAGUUGCUACUGCUUGUGCCUUAGCUAUUGGAGCAGAGAAGCUUAUCUGCAUUGUGGAUGGUCCAAUUCUAGAUGAAAACGGGCGGCUCAUUCGUUUCUUGACUCUUCAAGAUGCAGACUUGUUGAUCAGAGAGAGAGCUAAACAAAGUGAAAUAGCUGCUAAUUAUGUCAAGGCUGUUGAUGAUGGUGCCACUUAUUCUGGAUGCAAUAGCUCUCCUGAUUCCAAUGGCAAUAGCCCCCCUCAGUAUGCAAUGCACUCAAGCAAACAGUACAAUAUAACAUUUCAGAAUGGUGUUGGUUUUGACAAUGGAAAUGGGUUAUGGUCGGGUGAACAAGGAUUUGCUAUUGGAGGUGAGGAACGUUUGAGUAGAUUAAAUGGUUACCUGUCAGAGUUGGCUGCUGCAGCUUUUGUUUGCAGAGGAGGCGUUCAAAGAGUACAUCUAUUAGAUGGCACCAUUGGUGGAGUUUUAUUGUUGGAGUUAUUUCAAAGAGAUGGGAUGGGGACAAUGGUGGCUAGUGACCUUUACGAGGGAGCACGGCCAGCUAAGGUGACAGAUCUUCCUGGAAUUAAACAAAUUAUGCAACCCUUAAUAGAGCGUGGCACAUUGGUUCAAAGAACUGAUGAGGAGCUACUUAAAGAAUUAGAUUCAUUCAUCAUUGUGGAGAGAGAAGGUCAAAUUAUUGCUUGUGCUGCCCUUUUCCCUUUCUUUAAUGAGAAGUGUGGAGAAGUUGCUGCUAUUGCUGUAUCUCCUGAAUGCCGUGGACAAGGACAAGGAGACAAAUUACUUGACUACAUUGAAAAGAAAGCAUUAUGUCUUCAACUGGAGAAGCUUUUCCUACUUACAACCCGAACUGCUGAUUGGUUUGUGAGGCGUGGUUUCUCCGAGUGUUCCAUCGAGUCCAUCCCUGAAGCAAGGAGGGGGAAGAUAAAUCUUUCCCGUGGAUCGAAGUACUACAUAAAGAAGUUGCAGCCAGACAUGAGUGGAAUUACUGUUAAUAGGGUAUUGAAUUGAACCAAGUCUGGUUACUGUAUGUUAUAUUCCUUUUUUCCUGUUGUUUACAAGAGCUGCAAGGUUCAAAGCUCAUUCAAAGUUUCUUGCUGCAGGUGGUUACAACCACCUAAAAAGAGGCAGUAUUGCCUCCAUUUCGUCUGCUUCUAAUAUUAUUGCAGUUGGAACUUGUCUUUUUUUU